AUGCCACCUAAAAAAAAAUAAUAAUAGGAAGUAAUUGAAUUUACAGAAGCAGAAAAGAAGGCAUUAGAAAAAUUGUAUUUAUUUUUAAUAUGAUUAAUUUAUAGAGAUCAUUCUGAUCUAUUAAUUGAAAUAUAAGUUCUAAAGGAUAGAAUAGAAGAAUUAUAGAAAAAAAUUUACAAUUUGAAUGAAACCAUAAGAACAAUAAAUGAAUAAAAUGUAAAGCAUAUAUGAGUAUUAAAAAGCUUGCAUUAACACUUAAAAUGGAAUCAGACAUAAAUAGGAAAGAAAGUGAUUAUAAUGCUCUUUUACAUUAAUAUGAAGACUUGAAAAAAUAAACUACAGAAGAAAUCGAAUCUACUAUUUAAAGAAAAGAUGAAAAAAUUAGAUGUAAUUCAAAUAAAUAAUUCUAAUAGACUUGGAAAAAGAGAAGGCAGAUUUAGAAAUGAGACAUAAAGAUGAAUUAUAAAGAAUUAAUGACGAAUUAAAAAAGUUAAGUUCAUUUAAAGUAUUUAAUGUAAGAAGAUUAGGAAGAAAAAGAAUUGUUGAUUAGAGAAAUCCACGAUUUAAAGGAAGAGAUGAAUAAAAAAGAUUAUGCUCAUUUAGAUGAAUAAAGCAAAGCUAACAAAAACUUUUUAAAAUAAACUUAGAAUCUAACAAAUGUUAAUAAUGCUAAGAUUGAGGAUGUAUAAAGAAAUGCCAAUAAAAUAGCAGAAGAAAAAGUUGCUGCUAAAUAUGAUGGGAUUCUAAAAGAAAAUGAAAAGAUUAAAAGUGAAUUAUAAGAAUAUGAAAGAACUCUAUCUAUAUAUCAAAAAGAGAAAGAAACAUUUUAAUAAGAAAAUAUUAAUUAUAAAUUAAAUUUAAGUAUUAAAGAAGAAUAAGCUAAGGAGUAAACAUUUUAUUUUAAUUUAGAUAUUAAAUGUUAAAUCAUUAAUAAAUAAUUAAGAUUAAAUAAUUGAAGGAGAAGAUAGAAUAUCUCAAAUCUUAUAUUGCAAAUGUAAAUAUUGAUUUUUAUAAUUUGAUAAGGAAGUGACCAAAUAAACAAAAGAAAUAGAAAUAAUGAAACAUUAGGGCAAUACUAAAGUUUAAGAGUUAGAAAUGUAAUUGAGAAAUCUAAGACAUUUAUUGGAUUAAAGGACAAAAGAAUUAAAAACAGUUAAAGCAUUGGCUUAAAUGAUUUUAGAUUAAAGAUCUGAUAUUGAGUAAUUUUUCCUUUAAGCCAUUGAUUAAGUGAAAAAUGAGAUAAAUAAGAAAAAUAAGAAUUAGAAAAAUAGUCGUUUGCCAGAAAUAUCAUAAAAAUCAUAAAGUCUCGAAUCUAAUAAAGUUGAUAUAAAUGAUUUGGAUUUAGAAGAAAAAGAGAAAUUAUUGAGAAUAUUAUUCUCAAAAAUGAAUCAAGGAGUACCACCUACAAAUUGGAAAUCACAACUUGGUCAUGUAAUACAUUUAAUUUAAUUUAAAGAGCAAAUCUUAAGUUGAUGGAAGUUCCUUUAGGGAUAAUCAAUUUUAAUGAA